UAGAAAGGGGUCACAUGACCUGUCAAGUAGGAAGCGUCUGGUUCAGCGAGCGAAGCCUCAGCCUCGAGCACAGAACGCAAGACGACGAAAUCACCGCCCGUAUCCCGCAGCUAUUUGAAUUAGUCGACCGCAGCCAUGAACGCGAAGCUGUAUUUGGUCGCCGCGGCAGUCGUGGCUUUCAUUGGCGCGUCCGCCGCGUCAGACUCAGAUGGAUGCCUCUCUCUCGGAUGUACCGCUUGUGAAGCCAACAAUGACUGCCAGUGGUUAAACUGCACAUCAUCAUCUGGUGUCAUCGGUUGUCGGAAUGUGACUCUCCUGGAUGCAAACAACACCUGUAGCAAUGCCAGUUGCUCCGCUGGUCUGAACUCUUCGACCCAGAUUCCGUCGUCCGUUGCCCCUACCACCGCAAACCCCCACACCCCUGUUGUCACUACCUUUAACAGCAGCACCCUUCCGCCCAUCACAGCCAAUUCAACCAACACUUCCACUGCUGCGCCUACACCCGGUGUCAGCACCAUCACAGUUGCACCCACAACUGCAUCCACUAAUUCAAGCGGCUCAACGACAAGCGCCCCAGUGACGUCUUCCCCGGCCCCUCACAAGAACUCCACGUUUGACGCCGCCAGCUUCAUCGGCGGUAUCGUGCUGGUGCUGGGCCUGCAGGCUGUCAUCUUCUUCCUCUACAAGUUCUGCAAGUCUAAGGACCGCAACUACCACACCCUUUGAGGCUGUACUGCGUGCUCAGGUCCACACUUCUCAGAAUAAUCCCCACCAACCAAAACGCUCCCGUCCACCCCCCUUGAUAACUCAGUGUUUCCGAGCUCCUCCAUCUUACUUACCUCCUCCUUAACUCUGUUUAAAUCAGUUUUUUCCUGCAAAUUGAUGUUGUUUAAAGCCUCCUCAUAGAAAUGAGGUGGUCAUUGCAGAAGAGGAAACAGUGUUGGAGUUGUGUGAUUUCAUAACUGCAAAGGUUCAGUUUAGCUUUUAGCCUGUUGAGUCAUUUCUCGGUCCCCUUCCCCAAAUGCCGUUUUAUCUUGUAUAUGUUGGUCAUGGUUUAUUUAAGAGGUUAUGAUUAUACCCGCAGUUAACAAGCCAUUUGUCUGGCGGGUGGCUCGAUUUUUGUUGUUUGUCAUGCUGGGCAAAGAUCACCCGAAACAAGUUAUAAAGAUUACAACUGCGCUGAAGAGCAGUUUCAUGCAAUAAAACCUCAAGUCCAUCUCCUGCCCAUCGACACCUUAGAUCCCACCAGCUGUCCGGUUCCGCAGGUGGGCUUCAAAAACGAAAGAUUGUACAGUAUUUUUAGGAAUAAAAAGAACUUGUUUAAUGAGUUGGAAGCAAGUGGCUUGCACUUUUCCUUGAUGCGGACCGUAAUACAAUAGGUGUCAAGUGCCUUUAAAUGUCCAGUGUGGUUUGACGAGGAAACUUGAGGGAAGGAUGAUUGUAUUUCUACCUGCUUGAGUGCAAUGACGUGUAUCCCAGCUGGACUGAAGAGCCUUACUGAGACAGGGAAAGACAAUAGAAGCCUAGGCUUAUUAUUAGUCAUUUAUCCCCUCCUUGCCCCCAUUCAAAGACGUUAAGUUCAUGUAUGGUCUUAAUGACCUCGCACCUCACUUGGUGUUGGUGGAAAGUUCUCGUUCACUCCCAAUCAGUGAGUGUAGCUUUAGUUGUAUUGGAGGAUUUGGAUUAUUGUUGUUAUAGUUAAGAAAAUGUUUGGAAAUGCAAGGUCUGUUUGGCUAUGUGCUGCUAUCUGCGUUAUUUUUGUUUUUGUUUGCUGUCAUGUAGUCGUCCUGUCCAUCUUAGGUUUUCGUGAAGUUCAGGGAAGUCUGAAUGAAGGAAUGUCAAUCUGCUUUUUUUUUUUUUUUUUUCUUCCUUACAGAGCUCGUCGCUGAAUGUUAUGGUGAUUAUUACAUGUUUUGCAUGCUGGAUGCUUAUUUCCUCUCUAUGUAACAAUUAAGGUCAGUGACUCACACCCUGGCCAAAGUGGAUUUAGAUUUGAUGAAUGUGGAUAUUUCUUUUAGCUGGAAAUAACACAAGAAGGGCAAACGACUGUAAGGUCUUGUUUUAAAUGUUUUAAAUUAUCGUAAUCUUUGUCAAAAAUGAUUCAACCCCCUUGAAAUACAGGCAUCCCCAAAAACACAAAAAUAGCCAAGACCCGUUUUGGGACCCACAGUUUUGGAACUUUGCUGUAGAUUAUUAGCUAUCAGGGUCCUUUUAUAAUGUCACAAAAUAUUGAGUUUCUUCCAAAUUGUCAGGGAUAGUAGUAAUUUCAAACAAAUAAGGACAAUAAUAAAUAUUUUUGACUGGUCGACUGCCACUUGUCAUUUCCAGCUAAAAAUGUCUUUUGGCCCCCUGCGAUUGGCAGGCAACCAGUCCAGGGUGUACUCUGCGUCUCUCCCUAAAUCGCUUGGGAUAGGCGCCAGCUCAUCCUAAUGAAGACAAGUGCUUUAGAGUUUAGUUGGAUGUACUUUGGCCAGGUAGUGAAUCAUUUUGGGCGGAAGUGUAUUUGCUCCUAUGGAUUUUUCCACAUUGAAAAGCCACUGAAGUCAUGAAGAGAAUGCCUUGAAACCGUGAGCCAUCUAUGCCAAAUUCCUCCCUUUUGGCAUGAAACUUAAGCAUUGCACUGACGAGCUUUGUUUGUACCACGUUUGUACAGUUCUGAAACCAAUUCAAAUGCUUGUGUAUUAUGAGACCACGCAGUAUAGAAUAUAAACUCGCCUUCAUCAUACAAUCACCAGGUGGCAUUAGGCUACAGCCCAAAGACGCACAGUGAGUUUUUGCCUUAGCUGCAUCUGAGUUUUUGCCUUAGCCGCAUCCCAUUUUUUUGCCCAUAUUUCCAGAAAUACUUAAGUGUCAACCAACGCUGCUGCAUCAUUGGGCCUGAAUUCCUGAAAGAAGACGAGCAUCACAUGCUCACAUUGUUGCUACACCCAAACACGCGUUCAUUGUCGCCUGCUUCUUACUCAACUAUCCUGCACAUCUUCAGGAAAAGUGCCUUAUUCAGUUAAGUUUGUAAGAGCAAAAAAAAAAAAAAAAAACUACAUUCAGCUCCAUGCUUAAUACAAAUGGUCAUCAACAUUUUCAGUCCCUUUUUUUUUUUUUUUCCUCUUUCGUGUGGUUUGCUCUGUUGCGCCUAGCCUUAACUUUGAAAUCAUCUACAUUAUCUGUAUAAAGAGUGUUUUGAAACACACACCUACUGUACAACUUAUUAAAUGAAAUGAUCUUUGCUCUAAACCGCAGCCGUUUUCAUUGUCCCAAUGAAGGUCUCGUUUUCCACCAAGAGGCGGUACAGUUCGGCUCCUUUUGACCUGGUAUGAAUCGCGGAUACAUGAAUAAUUUAACAUCAUAGUAUACCAGAAAGAUGGCAUUUGGUUUGUGGUAAUUAGAGAAAAUUAAUAUGAAACACUACUUUGAAUCACCCUUCCACUCUUUGGUUUUCUUUUCAUUCAAUUCCAUUGGAACAUGAAAGGCGGCGGGCAAUCUGUCGACCAGCAGAAAAGCACCGAAAGCGGUGCUUCUAGCGCCACCUCCCUACAAGCAUAUCAAAUCGUAUUGCAACCCUAAUGAAAAAAGUCCCUGAAAUGCAUGUCCGCCGGACAUGGAAAUGUCCGGCAUAUCAAAACGGUACCCAAACCGUCCGACAUUUUGGAACUAAAAUGCGGAUUGAACUCUACAGCUUGGUGGGAACGAGGCUUUUAACAAAUCACGGGAUGACUUUACAAGCUGGCCAGUAAGUUUUAACAAAAACAAAUCUUUCACUCCUUUGUGUUUAUUUCCAAUGUGUUAAAAAAUGAAAUAAAAUAAUAAAAGCUUUCCCUGUAUGGCCUGAUUUCUACGUGCGUACAAUCACACGCACACACUGGCGUGCCAUCCAUUUGUGUUUCCUUCUCAAGGCCGUCAAUCCAUCUCCUUGGUAUGAUUCCAAUGGCUAUAUACAAAAAAAUUGCCCCUUUUGUUUUUCUUAAUCAUCUAUUUGCAUUGUUUUUCAAGUGUUGCUUCAAGUUGCAGCCUGUUGACCCAAUAAAGUUUGUUCAAACAAUCA